AUGAGCGAACCAUGUCGUCUCAAUCUUCUCUGCAGCUGCAAUCGUCGUAACGUUUCAGAGACCAUAGACACUAUAAAGAACAUAAUCGCGACAUGUAUCCGCAAGUACAUGAGUCUGGAAGAAACAGUGAAUUAUAUGCAGGAAAAUCACAAGAUUAGUCACCAUCUCACCAAACCAAUAUGGGAGCAGCUUCAGAAAGAGAAUGCAGAUUUUUUCAACAAGUACCACUUAAUACGCGAAUUAGCGCGUCAAAUAAAAUUGUUUAAUAGUUUUCUUGGAAAGCAAGUUUCUCUGAUGCUCGAGAAUGGAGAUUUUGAUAUUAGUACUGCAACAUCUGAUAGGUCAGAGUUGAGCACUUUAAACAUGGGAAUGUCGGCAUUGGAUGAUACAAAUGGUCUAACAGUAAACCAGUUGCCGAUUCCUAAUGGUCAGCAAAAUCAUAUAUGGUCUACACCAAAUAAUCAUGCUUGUACCAAUCUUGGAGCUUCUACCAUUCCACCAGCAGCUAAUGAUCAAUGGUUUCCUUAUAAGGAUCCUGCGUGUUCCCAUCUUGGAGCUCCUAUCGUUCCACCAGAAGCUUAUGGUCAAUUGUUGCCAUAUACUGAUCUUGCGUAUUACUAUCCAGUACUAUAUUCAACCGCUGCACCAGCAGCUACUACUCAAUGGCCGACAUCUACUGAUUUUGCUUAUACUGGAGGUCCAACUCUUCCAAAAGCACCUACUGCGGCAUUUGAUCAUUUUAGAGAUGGUUUCGGAGAAGAUAUUGACAAUAGCAGCCCAAAUUUCCAGCAGAUGGAUCCUUUAGCAGCCGCACUACAAACGCUACCCGAUGACAUGCUACAAGAGCUAUAUCAACAAUGCCAACGGCAAUCGCAGCUUCAACAGAACUUCUCACUAGAAGAGCAGCAAAGACUUCAAAGUAAAGUAAACAACAACGGGCUUCAAGGAGUAGUAAGGCCACCCGAAAAGCCGCCACAAGACCUAUAUGGACAAUGUCAACCGCAAUCGCAGCUGCAACAGAACCUCUCAGUAGAAGAGCUGCAAAGACUUGAAGUUGAAUAUCGAGCAAACAGCAACGAGCUGCAAGGAGUAAUACCGCAGCAACAACAUCAUCAGGAACAAGAAGCAAUGCAGACACAAGGAGAUCCACUGAAUCGAAUACCUGUUCAAUCUGAAGCUUCAAACCAUUCAGAUAGUGGUAAGUAG